CAGAGCAGUAUCAACAGUAUUAACAGAGCAGUAUUAACAGUGAUCAGUAUCAACAGUAUUAACAGUAUUAACAGAGCAGUAUUAACAGUACUAACAGUUGUGCCGACCCUGCGGCUCGAGGAGACUGGGGGCGGGUCCCCUGCUCAUGUGUUGGAGGUCGUGGGAGGAGCCAGUGGCUCAUUACGGAGAGGUGGAAGCACCUGUGUCAUGUGAUCUCAGAAGCUGCAAUUUUGAAUGGCGCAGUCUUCAAGCCCUCGACCCCAGUGCACUCGCUUUCCGUUGUGCAGGCUGCUCAACUUCCCGUUUUUUGUUCCAUUACCCUGCUUUGUCGACUCUACACCACUACAUAACAUAUAUCCAUCAUCCACUUACUGUGUUACUGAUGCUGCUGAUCUACACAUGUCAUUACUUCAAUUUAGUGGUCGUCCUUCAUUCAAUUAUGUUAAGUUUACUCUUUCAAUCAUCACCCUCCAAUAGUUUAUUACGGCCUAGAGCCGGGUCUAAACACAGUAUAAACAGAACAGUAUCAACAGUAUUAACAGAACAGUAUCAACAGUGAGAAGAAUUAACAGAGAACUGUAUCAACGAGAUUAAAAGAACAGUAUCAACAGUGUUAACAGAGAAAGGUAUCAUCAGAGAACCGCAUGAACGGUGCUAACAUUAUUAACAAAAUGAAUAGAAGACAGUAUUACCAGUGAACAGUAUUAAUAUUGGUUGAUUAUGGUUUUGUUGAACCUUUAAUCUCUAACUAUAUAUUCUUCCUGUAUGUUGGCUCAGCUCUAUGUUAUGACUCUGCUCAUGUACAUUUUAAUAAGUUCCUCAUUCACUCACCUCACCAAGGCGUAGAGAGAAAGAUGAGGUGAAGCUUUUACUCUUCGGGAACUUCAUAUCAAGUCCUUCACCUCUUUCAUGUAAGUCAACUCUAUGUCUGGUUGAUAGAACAAAGGAACAUAAUUACUGUUUACAUGGAUUGAUAUAUAUUAUUUUUAGUUUUAUUCAAGCAAUACCUGUUUUAGUUAAUGUAAGGGUGUUAUCUUUUGUUUUCCUGUUUAUAUCUCUGUCUAAACUUCUCAAGAGUUGAACAUGUCCAAAUGUUAUCUUUAAAGGUAACACAUCACAUAUGCAUGGUUAUUAUCAUUGUUCUUCUUUGAAUAUUGGUAUUAUAUGAUGGAAAAUUAGUUUAAUUAGUCUUGGUAAAAGUGGUAGAUUUACUGGUAUUUUGAAAUAGACAUUUCUAUAGCAUUUAACAAUGUCUUACUAUUAUUAGUGUAGUACUGAAUACCUUAAGGGUAGUACGAUAUUACGUGUAGUACAGAAGUUAAUGAAAUCUUUGUAUUUCUCCUGAUGAAGUUCUGGAGAACAUGACUGGAUCCUGGAGAGUAUUUCUGCUCUGUAGUCUCCUGCAAGGUGCUGGGUGCAACGCUGCAGAAUUUAAGGUCCUAGUGCCAGCAAGUGUGACGACACUCAGUGGAUCCUGUGUUACCGUUCCUUGUAACUUCACCUUGAGGGACAAGUAUGAAGACAUGCUAAAACCUGGAUGUGGAAAAUCGUGGUAUAAAAUUAAGGAUCAACCUAUAAGUUCUACAACAAUCAGGGGGAACCUUACAGCGUACAACUGUACUACAACAUUCGAUAACGUGCAUGAAGACAAUGUUCAAUAUUAUUUAAGAAUUCAAUGUGAUGGUAGUGAUUUAAAAUAUAAUUUUGAUGAAAACCCAGUGACCAUCAGGAUCAAGGGGCUCCCUGAUGCACCUCGUUUGACCCCCCCCAAAGAGCCGGUGGUGGAGGGGACUCCCGUGGAGCUGGGGUGCUCUGCCCCGUCCUACUGUGACACCCACCCCCCCACUGUGACGUGGACCCCCGCCCUGGGGGUCAGCACCCAGCUCCAGCAGAACGAUACCGUGACCUCCACUCUGACCUUCAACGCCUCCCACCUCCACCAUGGAAACAAUGUCUCCUGCACUGCAGCCUACUACAUACCAUCUGGGAACAAAACUGUGACGUCUACAAGAUACCAACUCAGUAUCUUAUAUGCCCCCAGGAACACCUCUGCUGUCGGCAGCCCGUGUCUUCCAGCCAGAGAGGGAGGCUGCCUCAACCUGACCUGCACCAGUCAUGCUAACCCUGCUGUCAGCGAGGUCUCAUGGUACCGAAUAUACGGAGAACACAAGAUCGGGAGUGGGUCUUCUCUGUCCAUCCAGCUGUGGAACGCCAAUAACGUUUUCUUCUGUGAGGUCCGGAAUGACUUUGGCACAGAAAAGUCUGAUGUCUUCAAGAUUGACAUUCAAACUCCUCCCAGGAUCCUGCCCUCUUCAGGCUGCAGCAGAAUUGCAGCCUGGGUGCGAUGUUCCUGCUACAGCGUGGGCAGACCAUCACCGUCUCUGGAGUGGAGGUUGGAUGGGAAACUGGUGUUGGGUUCUGAAGACGUGUCUGUUAGCCAGGUCAACUUGGAGAACGCCACGUUGAGGAGCUCCCUCACAAUGACGGCUCCUGCUGGUCUGACAGCCUUGACCUGCCACAGCUCCAACGCUGCCGGGAACACCAGCCUGGAGCUUCCUGUCCCCCACCUGGAUACACAGCAAUACCUGACAGACGUGGUGCUGUGCAUUGUCAAAUCUGCUGUGAUGUUCGUGGGCUUAGUUUGUGUGGUCGUCUGUAUUAUAAGAACUCGGAAAGUGGGUGAGGAGACGCGGUCCUUUAACGCUGCCACUGUGAAGCGAGCCCCCCCAGACGAGGAGGAGUCCCAGGUCGUCAUCAGAAGUGAGGAGGACGUCUACGUUAACAGCGGGAUGCAGAUGAACCCGGUUGGGCCGAGAGAGGAGCCUGUUGGACCGAGAGAGGAGGCUGUUCUGAGAGCCGGUUCCCCAGUCUCAACGCACCGUGAUGCAGCCUCCUUCCACCGGAUAGGCCCUGCAGGCUCCCACACAGGACGACCGGUCUCUAGGGAGCUCACUGAAGAUACUGAGUAAACAGUUUAUGAUGAGCAAGUACUUCCUUGAGGUAGAUAUUUUAAAAAGUUAGUAUGUAGCUUUUUUUUAAUAAGUUCAUAACCAUCUGUGUCAGUGGCAGCCUACCCCAUACGCUGAAUAUGCAGUUGUGUUGACCAGCUAUGCCAGUUCACAAAAGUUAAUUAAUUCUCUAAUUCAAGAUCCAUUCGGAGGGGUUAUGUUGCCCUCUGGUGGUGAUUUGCAUUCACAGCCCAGGUAGAGAAGGCUUGUAGUUGUCCAGAGUGAAUUUUAACGCAAUAUAUACUGUUUCAUACAUUGUGUGCAACAUGACAGCAAAUCUAUUGCAAUUAAUAAAUGUAUUAAAUGUAAUUCCAGCCUUUUUGCCAAAUAAACAUUGGUCAAGUUUCUACAAGGUUUUAUAGCAAUGUCUAAUGUUAAUUAAAUGUGUUGCCAUCUCUUUUAAACAAA